UGUUCCUUUUGGUUGCCAUUUUCCCCAGGAAUGCUAGAUUUGCGUUUGAGUGUACUGCAGUGGUUUAGAGUUCCGUUUCAAAUUUGUAGGAUCGAAUAUCCACCGUUAAUUUUGCUAACAUCAUCAAUGCGCAUACGCGUUGCUCUUGGUUACACAGCGUGUUUAAACCAUUGAAAUUUGAAAAGCGACGAUUUGAACCAAUCAGAACUGACAUGCGCAAUAAAUGAAACCAAUGACAACUUAUUGUGUGAUGAGCGUGGUCUUCCAUUGAGUAAAGUACAAACACUUAUUUGAAAACAAAAUAUUUUUUGUUAUUUUCAAUUGUGUGCAAUUAGUUUUUUUUUAGUAAAUAAAAGAUGUACAAUUGUCUUAAACUUACUGAUCCAGUUGUGAUAUGUCCUUAUAAUAAUAAACAUGUAAUUGUAAGAUCUCGUCUUCAAAACCACAUUGUUAAAUGUGAAAAAAAUUAUCCUGAACAUUAUAAAAUUAUGUGUCCAUAUAAUGCAACUCAUCGGUUGUUCAAAAAUGAAUUAACAGAACAUAUCAUUACAUGUUCUACACGUAAUGUGUUGGAAUCAGAAAUGUAUCCAGCACCAAGAAAACACGGCAAUACUAGUUUUGCAUUAAAUUCAGAGAUUUCAAGUACGAUAGAUUGUACAGAAAACUGGGAUAUAGACAAUGACAAUACCAAUACUAGUUCAAUUGAGGAUAAAGAUUUUUCAACUAAUAAUAUGGAACCACAAAUCCUUAAUGCUAAUUUAAAUUCUAAGGAUAAUAUAGAGAAAAAAGUCUUAAGAGCUCCUCGUGGAUUUUCUGAAGCUAUGUUAAGAGAAGUAAAUGAAGAAUCUUGUGUUGACGAUGUGGAAUCAAUAACUAGCUCAUUAGGGAUUGGAAGAGGAAAAGGUACUUUAAGAAGCGACCAGUUAAAAUUAAUUGGAUUAGGUAGAGGAAAGCCACUAAAUAAUGAUAUUUAGAUGUAGUUAUAAGUAGUAUUAUUUGUUUUACCAAAGAGUGGAUUUUUUUUUUACAUAGUGUAUAAUAUGUAAACUCAGUUUAGUUACAUAAAUCCUUUUAUUUUAGACAUUUACAUUAUUCAUAAUAUUUACAUAGUAUAAAGGAAUUUGCAAAAAGAAGUUAUUU